CGACAACAACACACGACCACCCACUCACUCACCCACCACCAUCACAGGGGACAACCAGCACCAUGGCUCCCCGCGCACCCACCCUCCUCUCGCUCAUGUCCUCGACAGGCACGUACCCGCCCGUGCCCAACACCGAGGACCUCGAGUCGCUGCGGUCGGCGCUCGAAGCGCAGUCCAGUUCCACCGCGACGCGGAUAGCGUCCUUCCCUGCCCCCUCGAACGGCACCAACAUGUCCAAGAAGACGGCGCCGGCGGGCAAGAGCGCCGCUGCGUUCCGCGAGGAGGCGAAGCAGAACAAGAAGGACGGCAAGAAGCGCAAGGAGCGCGAGGAGACGGACGAGAGGGAGCGCGCGGCGCUCGCGGCCAACCAGAGAGCCGGGGCCGCCCUCGAGGCCGUGGAGAGGCGAAGAGUCGACCCCGAGGUCAAGGUCAAGAAUGAGAGAGCGGCGUCCCCCGCCCCGUCGAAUGCGUCGUCGGCCAGCUUCCGGCCCGGCGGCCCUCAGGCGACCUACGGCGGCAUUCAGAAGCGCAAGAAGGCCAAGCGGGUGUUGGAUUCCGACGACGAGGCAGCACAUUCGACACCACCGCCCCACCAGGCGUCGACAUCUGGCCUCAAGCUCAAGCUCGCGCCUGGAGUACACAACAAGUCGCGCCCGCAGCCGGUUGACCCCAGCCCUACGCCAUCGUCGACAGCAUCAGCGCCGCUACCUGGAGGGCAUAUCGACUGGACACUGCCGGCACCACCGCAGCGCGCACUAGUGCCCCCACGACCAGAGGUGCAGAAGCCGCUGCCCGCCGGCCCGAAGCGCCAGAGCGAGGUGGACGAGGACUACAGCGACAAGAAGGCGCCAAGCCAGAUCGCCAUGGCGACGUUCUGGCAGAACGUCGAGCCGUACAUCCGCGACAUUCGAGAGGACGACCUCGCAAUGCUCAACUUCAAGGCCGACACACCAGACUCGUACCUCAUCCCGCAGCGGGGACGGCACUACACCGAAAUAUGGGACGAGGAGGAUGCCUUGCCGCCGGGAACGACACCGCGGUUCCCGGUGCCCAAUUUACGCCAAGCGGCCAACGGCACACACCAGCCCCCGCUGGUACACUGCGUCCCGACAGAGAUCCGCGACGCCAACCUGCUCGAGGAGAACAAGGGGCUUGGGUCGAUGACGGAGCGUGUGGUUGCGGCGGUUAUUGGCGGAGACGAUAUUGCGGCUGCGGCCAAGGAGGCGGCAGACAAGAAGCCAGAGCCGGAGGGCGAGCCUGUAAACGCGACGCGCGUCGACGUCGUCGACCUCGAAGACCGCGUCAAGAAGGAGCUCCGUUCGGUCAUGCUCCUUGGCGAGCAUGAGGAGUUUGAUGCGGCAAACCGUGACGACGACGAGGUCACCUCUGCGCUCAGACAGUGCCAGCGGCUACUGCUCCAACAAACCGCGAUCAACGAGGCGCGCAAGACGCGCUUGGGGAAGAUUGCAAAGGACCGCCUCGCAUAUGGCGAGUACCAGGGUGUGCUCGAGGAGACGGAAAAGCAAAUCGAGGCCUUGUGGGCCAAGCGCAUCAAGAAACACGGCUCGGGCGGUAAAAAGACACUGCAGAAUGGUGUCAUUUCCGGCAACGGUCGACCUGCAGUUCCCGACUCGCUCAAGCGGCUAUUGAGUGUCCGCAACAGAUGGAUCGACACGGUCGGCCGCACGAUGCACGAGCGCCCGGAUGGUGAAGUUUCCGGGUUGCCGUCCAAGAGCAUCUACGAGGGCAUUGUCGACGAAAACGAGGACGGCGACGUCAAAACUGUCGACGAGGCCAUGGAGGUGGACGAGGCGGAUGAGGACGAGGUUGACGGCACGGCCGUCUGAGUGCGGCGUGUGUGUGUGUUUACUGGAUUCACAGGCGACAGUUGUCGCCGCCCGGUCUUCAGUGUUCCGGCGCACGUGGAGAAGAAACAGGGUCGGAGCGACGUCACGCACGAGCGCACGAGGACGCGGGGUAGCUGCUGCGGCAUGAGGCUGCGGCCCAUGUUGUUGUUUGC